AUGAAAAUUAAAGACAGACAGGAGGGAGAUGGAAAUUCGAGUAAUAUGAACACUUACAGUAUUUCAGACAAGACUGGGUUUGGCUCAGCUGUUACCACAACCUUUCAGAUAAGUGAGCCUCAAAGCCGAAGAAAGCCAUCCAUGUGCUGUUCUCGGACGGCCCUCGGCAUCUACCUGCUGCUGCUGACGGCCUGCCAGGGGCUGCUGGUGUACAAAGUGUUUAAGAUGCAGAGAGAGAUAUUGAAACUUCAAGAACAAAAUGCCUCCUAUAUAGAAGAUAUUCUGGAAGGCUCCUUUGAUGACAAACUGAUUUUAGAGAGAAAGUCCGCAGAGAAGUAUAUGGGACAUGAAGAAAACUGGAGGAGAAGCUUAGAAGAGGAAAUCACCAUAAUUAAAAGCAGCAAUGCAAACUUGAUGAUGCUGAUGAACAACUUCACCCUGGUUCCAGGGCCUCCUGGACGCAAAGGAGAUCCUGGCCCACCAGGGAUACAGGGACCACCGGGGACAAAAGGAGACCGAGGAUUCCAAGGCUUACAUGGACUGCAGGGUGCGAAGGGGAGCAAAGGAGAUCCUGGUCCUGCGGGUCUAAGCGGUGAACCAGGAGUGAGAGGAGAAAAAGGAGAGAUAGGGCUUACAGGUCUCCAAGGACAGAAAGGCGAAAUGGGCAGGAAGGGAGACCCCGGGCCCCAUGGACCCAUGGGUCCUCAGGGAGAGCAGGGAGUCCCAGGAUUGCCAGGUUUAAAUGGUAGCAAGGGGGAACCUGGACAUCCUGGGCAGAAAGGAGAAGCAGGUGUAAUAGGACAACCUGGACUUGUGGGAAUUCCUGGCGCUGAAGGCAGACCUGGUCAGAAAGGGGAGAAGGGGGACAGUGGGCCAAGUGGUAGUCCAGGAAUACCAGGCACUGCAGGACUCAGAGGUGAAAAAGGAGACAGAGGGACAACAGGUGUUCCAGGGCAAAAGGGAACAAAGGGAGAAUACGGCAUGCCAGGCAUCCCAGGCCUAACUGGUCAAAAAGGAAGCAAGGGUGAUUAUGGCAGCCAAGGUCCAAAAGGAGAACCGGGAGUAAAAGGAGCCAAGGGAGACCGUGGAUUAUCUGGUAAGGCUGUUUACCGUGGGGUCUGGAGCAAAGGUGAAAAGGGAGAAGGCAACUUCAAUCAUCUUGUACGAAUAGCGGGAGGGGGCAGAAGGGGACGUGUGGAAGUCUUCCAUCAAGGGUCCUGGGGAACAAUAUGUGAUGAUAACUGGGACAACCAAGAUGCCACUGUGGUCUGCCGAAUGCUGGGAUACAGCCGUGCAGUCUCCACCUUCACAGCCACAGCAGGCACUGGACAAAUUUGGCUUGAUGAUGUAAAAUGCAGAGGGAAUGAACAUUCAAUUUUUGACUGUCCAAAGAGCAACUGGGGUGUGAACGACUGUUUCCACAGUGAGGACGCUGGGGUGGAGUGCAGUUGAUGGCACACCGAGGCUGCCCUGGGAGCCACUGCUUGCCUCUGCUCUCUUUGGAGCUCUUCUUCAUAACACGAACCCACUUUCUUCAGUCUCUUUACCAGGUCACAAAAAUAUUGACAGAGAAAGUUGAAUUUUCAAUAAAUUGAUAACAGUUGCAAGACCCACAGGUAACCUGAAACAUCUCCAUUGUCACAAAACAGGCGGAGCUGAGGCACAUGAGCCAGUUCACAGCUUUUUCAGUUACCUGACAUCAGCUCAUCUCCAGUAGUUCACACGUGUGUGACCCUCUAAGUCCACAGGGGAGGAGAGAUGGUCCCGUUUAGCUUAGUGCAGUAAGAGAGAACAGGAUCAGUGUGCAGAAAUGGGCAGUUACUGCAAUUGAGCUGGCUAGUCCAUCUUCACCACAGUACAGUUGGGAAUCUGAGCCUAAAACCCCCAGUGAUGUGCAUACACCCAAGACAGAGGAUGCUCAGAAAUCAUCACGUGAUCUCUCUGGCAUGCAAAUAUAAAUGUUCUCCAAAAAGGAUGCUGAUCACAGGUUAAAGUGCCAAAAUAAGUGCCUGGGAUCUAGGUGCUGUACUAUCAUGAUUUAGCAGAGACCUUGGUUUUGACCUUGGCCAAGUCCCCUUCCUUCUCUGUCAGUGUUUCCUAACCUGUCCCUGGGAGCAAUAUGCUUUAUGGGGUGUAUAAAACUAAGUGUUCCAUACCUUUAGAAAUUAGAUGCUCCAGUAAAGCAAAGGGAUGACAACUAAAAGUAAUAAUGGGGAAAGUAUCAGCUAAUUAAACUUCCAGAGUAAAAAUAAGGACUUCAAACCAAAGGCUUCUACCUUAACCGAAAGUCUUACAUAUGUCUGAGAUAACAGCUGAAAGGCUUCUCUUUCUUAAGGCCUAAGUCUUGCCUUUUCCACCAGCACAGGGAUUCAGCAGGUGACAAGCAGUCUGUGUACAUGUAGCUGGGCACACCACAACAACAUGCUUGCAGACAUUUGGUUUGCAAACCAAAAUGAAACCAAAUGAAAAACAUGUAAUUGACCCCACAUCUCUGCCUUAAUGUGAGUCAUAAUUGCAUCUGUCUACACAGCUUUGAAACUUGGUUUUAGUGCUUAGAAAUCCAGAUAUAUGUGGAAAAAAC